AUGGGGGAUGCCUAUAAAGACUGCAGCUUGGAAACCUGCUCAUCUCAUGCAGGUGCGAUGGAUGCGGAGAAGGCAGUGGAAUGCAUUCGGGACGAAGCCACGUGCUCCAUCUGCUUGGAGUUGUUUAAGGAGCCGAUGAUUUUAGACUGUGGCCAUAACUUCUGUAAUGCCUGUAUCACCCAGUGUUGGCAAGGCACCAAAAGCAACGUAUGCUGCCCUGAAUGCAGGCAGAGUUUUGCCAAUGCCAAAAUCAGACCAAACAGGCAGUUGAGGAACAUCUUGGGACUCAUCAAACAGUUCCGGUUAAAGGAUGUGGAGAUGGUGAAGACGACGACUAGCCUGUGCAAGUUGCACCAGAAGCCGGUGAGGCUCUUUUGCACAAAGGACCAAGCUUUGCUCUGCUUGGUGUGUGUCCAGUCCAAUGCUCACAUAGGUCACCCUGUUGCUCCUAUAGAAGAUGCUGCCCAGGACUCCAAGGAUGAAAUCCACACGCUGCUGGAAGUUAAGCAGCAGCAGUAUGAAGCGGUUUUGAAGUGUUUCUCUGCUGUGAAGGAACAAAGGCACAGCCUAGUGAAACUUAUGGAAGAUGGAGCCCAGAAGAUGGCAGUAGAGUACAAGCAGCUUGGUCAACAGAUGAAGGAGCUGCAAGCAGAUGUGAAAGCACUUGCUGCAUUGAUGGAGACAGACUUUGAUGACGAAAUGAUUGAGCUCUGUAAGAGAAGCUCCUAUAUCCUAAAGCAAAUUGACGAGAUACAGAGGGUGUGUAAACUGCCAGCUUGUGAGUUUAUACAGGACAUCAAACAGACCAUGCGCAAAUGUCAGGCAGAGACAUUUCAAGCUCCAGAGCGUGUUUCGCCUAAGCUGAAAGAGAAGCUGUGGGAUCUUUCCGUAAGGAGCCUUUUCGUACAAGAUACCUUGAGAAAAUGCACAGAGACACUGCCACUGAAACCAAAGGUGGAAAGAGCAAACGUGACUCUGGAUCCAGCUACCGCGUGUGCCCAGCUAAUACUGUCUGAGGAUCGAAAGAGUGUCAAGCAGGGACCUUUAAUCUUGCAUCCAGCCGCAAGUUCUCGAGGCUUCGAUUCUGUGCCUUUUGUGCUGGGUUCUCGGGGGUUUACCUGGGGGAGGCAUUACUGGGAGGUAGAGAUAGCAGCUGAGGGGGGAAACUGGGCUGUGGGUGUCGCUAAGGAAUCUGUCAAAAGGAAGGGUGUGACCAAAAUUGAUCCAACUGAGGGCAUCUGGGCUCUGCAAGCAGAAAGUGCUCAUCUGCACGACACCAGAAAAAUCCGUGUUUAUGUGGACUAUGGGGGAAGGCGUGUGGCAUUUUUUGAUGCCAAUUCCAGUGACUUGAUUGCCACUCUUGUGCCAGCUGCUUUCGCUGGAGAGUGUGUUUUUCCAUUCUUCAUGCUGUUGAAGGAGGGGGCCCAGGCAAAAUUACAUCCUUGA